AGAGAGAGAGAGAGUAAGAGAGAGAGAGAGAGAGAGAGAGAGAGAGAGAGAGAGAGAGAGAGAGCGCAGGGCUGUGGUCAGUUUGAUCGGUGCUCCCCGCCAUAGGUGAUGUCUGGGAAUAAAAGCAUGAAACUGGACACAGAGAUGCGGUCUCGGAGCUCCGCCCCUGAAUAACAUCACCAUCAUCAUCAUCAGAGUCGGAAAGGAAUAACUGGAGGGCACGAGAGAGGACGCACGCGGACUGUCAACCUGCUGCACGCGCCGCGCCGAACCGUCGCGUUCAUCCAUCACCUCUGAAUGCUAAUAUGAGGAAGCCUCUGGUGUGCUGAAGGACAUCUGGAUUCCGCAGAUUUACUGUACAAGUAGCAUUCUCAGCAUGCGCUAAGCCCAACUGUAGCGCGACGAGAGAGCACAUGAGCGUUGAAGCAGAGAGAACGGUCAUGGCCUCUGACGUGCAGCACCAUCCGAUCGUCUGCGCCCGCCAGCGCGCUCACCGCUCGUGGAAGAAACUCAGGCCUACGCGGGUGCUCGGCUUCCUCAUUAGUCUCGUAGCAAUAAGUGCGGUGGCCUUCUCGUGGCGCUCUGCUGCUCAGUGGGAGGGGCUACAGAGCCAUGCCCCACACAGGACACUGCUGUCCACACACCUGGGUUACCACAGUAACCUCUCGGAGGACACGCCCGUAGCCAUGCGCUCAUCCGCAGAGUCAAACGAGAGUAUGGGGGACUAUCCGACUGACCUGUUCAGCCUGGAGGACCGUCGGCGCGGUGCUGUCGUGUUGCACAUGUUCGGCAUGAUCUACAUGUUCAUAGCUCUCGCUAUUGUUUGCGAUGAGUUUUUUGUCCCCGCGCUCACCGUCAUCACAGAAAAACUCACGAUCUCAGAUGAUGUGGCAGGCGCCACCUUCAUGGCAGCCGGGGGCUCGGCUCCUGAGCUCUUCACCUCCGUCAUUGGCGUAUUCAUUUCCCACAGUAACGUGGGUAUCGGAACCAUCGUCGGCUCCGCUGUGUUCAACAUCUUGUUUGUCAUCGGAAUGUGUGCCGUGUUCUCGAAGGAGAUCCUGAACCUGACGUGGUGGCCUCUGUUCAGGGACGUCUUCUUCUACAUUGUCGGCCUCAUCAUGCUCAUAAUUUUCUUCCUGGAUAACUACAUCACGUACUGGGAGAGUAUCAGUCUGCUGCUCGCCUAUGCCACCUACGUGAUUUUCAUGAAGUUCAAUGGGAAUGUAGAGACUCUCGUCAAGGGAAUCAUGAACAGAAACCAGGUGGUGGAAGUAGAGGCCCAACCAAAGUUGAGCCCUAGUGGAGUGGAGGAUGACAGCAAGCUGUCGGCCAAACCACGGCUGCAGAGAGGAGGAAGCUCCGCCUCUUUACACAACAGCCUAAUGAGGAACAGCAUCUUUCAUCUGAUGAUCCACACACUCGACCCUCUCAGUGAAGAAUUCGCUGACUCUGAGCUGGGGACUUAUGGCAAGCUAAAAUAUUAUCAAUCAAUGACCGAGGAAGGAAAAUUCCGUGAGAAGGCGUCCAUCCUUCACAAAAUUGCCAAAAAGAAAUGCCAGGUGGAGGACUCAAAUGGAGUUGUUGAUAAAAAUCUGCCAAACAGCUCGAGUGUGGAGGUGGACGUGACUCCACCGAUGAAUGGCACCGCUGGACAGGAUGGAGAUACAGGUGAAGAGGACGAUGAGGAAGAUCAGCCUCUGAGCCUGUCGUGGCCCGAGUCCAAACGCAAGCGCUUCACGUAUCUUUUCAUCCUGCCCAUAGUCUUCCCUCUGUGGAUCACGCUGCCGGACGUCAGGAAGCCUACUUCCAAGAAAUUCUUUCCCGUGACGUUCCUGGGAGCGAUAUGCUGGAUCGCAGGAUUCUCAUAUCUGAUGGUCUGGUGGGCUCAUCAGGUUGGAGAGACUAUAGGAAUCACGGAGGAGAUCAUGGGACUGACAAUUCUAGCGGCAGGAACCUCCAUCCCUGAUCUGAUCACCAGUGUCAUUGUGGCCCGAAAGGGUCUGGGAGACAUGGCCGUGUCCAGCUCUGUGGGCUCCAACAUAUUCGACAUCACUGUGGGGUUACCGUUCCCAUGGCUGCUGUUCUCCAUUGUCAACAGUAUGAGCCCGGUUCGGGUGAGUAGUAACGGUCUGUUCUGUGCCAUCGUGCUGCUCUUCCUCAUGCUCCUCUUCGUCAUCAUCUCCAUUGCCGCCUGUAAGUGGAAGAUGAGCAAACUGCUGGGCUUCAUCAUGUUCCUGCUCUAUAUCGUCUUCCUGGUGGUCAGCGUCCUGUUGGAGGACAAGGUCAUCGUCUGCCCCAUCUCUAUCUGACGUCCCGUCUCAUUUACACACCGUGAUGAAGCUAAAACCGCGUACCUGCUGACUUUACCUCACCUCCUCAGUCUCUUUAUUUUCUUAUGACAAAGAGUUCCCAGGUUCCUUCACACUUCAUCGCCCUGUGUAUGUUUAUGGGGAUUUUUUCUUAAAACAAAAACUAUUUGGCAGUAAUGAAUUCAUGUUUUCACGUAAUUCUUAUUUUCCAUUUUUUUUGUAUUUAAUUAUUAUUAUUUUUUUUUAAGAUCUGUAUUUGUGCUUGAGAAUACAACAAAAUUACAAGACAUUUUUUUCUAGAAAACAAGUAUUAAUUUAAUAACUGUGUCAACUUUUUUUAAUGCUUCACUCGUUUGAAGUGCAAUUGGUCAUAUGAGUAGAUGAUGUUAAACUAGGGCUGUAACGGUGCACCGAAACAAACUCCUGUGCAGAAUCCUUUGAACUGGAUGAGCUUCAUCAACAGUGUUAAACCUUAAUAGAGAUUUGUUAUUCAUUUAUUUAUUCUAAUUUAUUUUCAAGCAACGUGCAUCCUGGUUGUGGUCAAAGCCAAAGGGCAAAGCGGCUGGAGCUCUGCGAUCACAAUGAUCUCUGAUUGUUUUUGGGUUGUUUUAAUCACUCUGUAGGGAUUUCUGCGUAGACAGACGCUGUGAUUAUAGCAGGCAGCGUUUGCUCAUUUCUCAGUCUCUGCAGGCCGUUUGUUCACGCUGUGAAUGUGCUGCACUGCUGAAUAAUCGCUGGUUUGGAGCAAUUACUCCAUGAUAUGACAGAUACAGUGUCCAAAAUUAUUUUCACUUUGCAUGAGCUGAUGGCCGUUGUUCAUUUUCUGAUUUAUUCUUUUAUUUAUUCUAUUAUAUUGCCUAGUGAAAAAUAAAUAUACUAAAAUGUAUUUACAAGUACAUUUACAUAUUAUGUACUUAAUAAACUGGUAUAUUUAAAGUCUGCUAACUUGGAACAACUAAUUUUGUACUUAAUGCAACUAAAAGUCCAGCUAAAGAUAUACUUAAGUAUAUUUGUUUGUGCUAAAUUGCAAGUAUACUUUAGGUACACUUUAGAUAAUAUGAUUAUUUAAAUGCAAAAUAUUUAAAGACAAUCAUCAUCAAUAGUGACAUUAAAACAUAUUCUAGGUGAAAUAUUAAGAAAUGUGCAUUGUGCACACGUAGUACUACAAAUAAAGUUUAAUUACAAUUUUUUAUAUCAGUAAGUCUGGAUCGAUAUGUCAGUAAAUAUGUUAAUAGACCAACUAUAGCAUUUUGAAUCUAUUACAUUUUUACUAGAGUUUGUAUGCUAAAAACCAUCUUGUUAAGAACAUGAAAAUAAAACUUUCUUGUGGCAGUGGUACAUACAAACAUGAUGUAUUCUGCAUGACAAGCCAGCUUUAUAAUUAAGCAAAUAAACAUUUAUUUAUUUAUUUAUUUAUUUAAAUAAAAUGGUGAAAAAAAUUAAGUCAGCUCUAAAAGUGAGAAUCUGUGAACCGUUACUUCCCUAGCGUUAAAAAAUGGCCAAGACCAGCACUGGUCGAUGAUGUUUUUUUAGAUGUUGAAUGUUGUUUAAACACCUUUGGUUUGGUUUAGUUUCUUUUCACGGUGAAGGUGUGUAAAAUAAACUGGCAGCCACUCCAUAGGAAACAGUGGCAAAGAAUAUCUUGAGGGUUUUUAUGGAUCCAGGAUGCCACACUGGAAUGUUUCAUUAAAUAAAACACUAUUUAUAGGAUAUUAUAAAUAUUUGUAUAUUUUUCUUUACAUUUUGCCUGUAUGUCAAGAGGCCAAGUAGCCAGAUGCAUUGAAUUUGAACAUAUUAUUCAACCUGGUAUGUCACCCUUCUUCUUUCUAUCUUUUCAUCUCAUUUUUCAAUAUCUUGUUCAUUUAAUAGCAGUGUAGAGGUAUUUGAGCUGCAGUAUUGAUUGUAAAAAUGAUUACUUGCUGCCUCAUUCACACCGGAGAACAGAGCGUGAUUACUGCAUGUUGCUUCCCCAAUCAUUAUUACUCAGCCAUUUAUAGAAAAUCGCAUUGAAUACUAUUAUAAACGCGAGGGAAAUGUGUAGAUGCUUGUAGUCUGUAGUUAAGUGUAAAAACCUAGAAAACAUUAGACAUAUAUCGCACUCCCAGCUGCUAAAUCCACGUGCAGUGAUUUCCCUAAAUAGUCUGCGUUCACACUCCACGUAUUUGGAUUGGAAUCCGGAUAGUGACGCGCGACGUUUUCAAGUAGGCCAUGCAUGCAUGAAAAUGUGUAGCCUAAUAAUUCAAGAUGUGCUCAUCGCUUUACUGUAAGAUUCAAAGACAAAAUAUUUGCAUAAUGAUUUGCCUAAUAAAUAGUCCUUUGGUAACGAACGAGUGUUAAUGUGCUAGCGCCGUCUGAACUUAUUCUAGAGACGUAAAAACACACGCAUUUAUUAAGAGUAGCGCAAUCCAUGUUACACGAAUGGUGCUUUAGGACUCGAUCUUUGUAAUCUGUACAGACACACAUGUAGUGCAUUUACUAACUAAUAGAGAACUCACUGAUCAAGAACAUUCACAUACUGUACACUAGCAUAAAGCAUAUUCCAAUAGCGAUUUCAUUGUGGAGGCAGGCGUUUUAUUUGUCUUUUGAAGAAAUUUUGGUGUGACAGAAAAUCUGGACGGAGCUGCUGUGUAUCUUUACCUUAGCAAAUACUGCCCUCUAGCGUGGAGUUAGACUUUAUUUUUGUAUGAUGUUUUCCAUGUGUCAAACCAACGCCUGUUAUUGUAUCUUUUCUUUGUGAGCAGGCAAACACAUGCACUGAACUUAGAAAUGCUUCAGUCUCUUUUGCUGUACUAAAUUUAUUUUUAGAGAAGAAAAUACAAUAUCCUAAUUUACUCUUUCAUCCAACUCUCAUCCAGAUUGCUGGAUGUGUUUUUCCAUUUCAACGGUCUAUGGGUGAAAUCUUGCAUAGCUUUUGUUUUCCGAACCAGUAAAGCUGCAAGAGUGUAUUUCAGCAGGUCUGGACUGAGCAAAGAAAUGUGCGAAUGUGUAUUAAAUAUAUGAAUGUGAAGAUAUUGAGCUGAACUAAUGUGAUAUAUGACAUUUAUUAUAUCAAUAAUUAGAGAAAAAGUUCAAAUGCUCUAACAUUGAAAGGGUUCUUUUAAUGAAAACUGAUAUAAGCAAUGUAGCUGUUUGAAAAUGUAUGUUUGUUCAUUUUUUCCCCAAACUGCAAUUCAGAUUUACGUAUCAGUAGUAGUUUUCCAUCCUUGCCUGUUACACCAUAAUAGUUAUUCAUUUUCCACAUAUACAUCUGCUUUUCAUAAUAAUUUUGUAUUUUAUUUUAUAUUUUUGUCUUAUAAGAGGGCUGUACACACUGUUCAAGUGCCCCUGCUUUAUCCUGUUCUUGCUUUCUGGCAGGGUAUGGAUUGUAAUUAUUAAUUUCAUUGUUUUGUGUCAAACAUGGCAUUGUUAAUAUGCACUUUGCAUUUAUGUAUGUCUGUUUAAUUAUUGUUUGUUCGCUCUGAAAGAGGCUGAAGCUGAAUGUUUGGCUGAAA